AUGAUACAUUUUGCGUUCACCUAUAGUACGGAAGCUUGCAAAAUUGUAAAACUGCAAGUGAGUAGCGUUUUGACACGUUUAUGGAUUGACAACAACGUGUUUAACAUAAUUGCCCAAACUUCAUGCUUGUGUGACUUGGAAGUUUACGUCCAUCGACCGUUUGUUAAAAGGGGUGGUUUCUGGGGGCUGACCAACAGUUACCAAAUGAGCGAAAUUGUCGAAAACCCCCGAAUUAUCGCAAAUCCGCUCAUUAAUUUCAACCAAUUUCCCCUCAAAAUUGGCAUAUUUCCGCGCCCUCCAACCGUGAUUGAAACUUUACCCAAACUUUUGACCGACAGUCCAAUUUACAAAAACUUGAGCUUCUCCAAAGGCUUUGCCGGAGUAGAUGGGUUAGUUUUGGGCACUUUGGCCGAGUGUCUCAAUUUCGACACCACCGUAAUUACAAGUAAACCCAACAGUUAUGGUUACAUUUACAAAAAUGGGACGGCAACUGGCGCUAUAGCGGACGUGAUCGACCGCAGAAUGGUCUUCAGCGCCAACAGCCGGUUUCUCCUGAUCUACAACACCGAUCAGUUGGAAUUUACUGUCCCCUACACUGCUGAGAAAAUGUGUUUGGCGGUCCCAAAAGCCCUCAAAGUGUACAAAUGGUCGAGCAUGUUCCGCUGCUUCAAUAAACUCACUUGGGUCUCCAUCAUUUGCUCGUUUGGCAUCUGUACCAUUUUCUGGUACUUGCUCAAAUGGCAGAAACUGGUCACGGCUUUGGCCACGAUCGCGCAAUUUUUGCUAGGCGUUCCGGCGAAUGUGCGUCCAAAUGUGCCCCAGAUGCUCUUUCUGAACUCCUGUAUGGGCUUCAAUAUCGUCAUCAUGGGGAUCAUUCAAGGCUUCCUCUUCCAGAGUUUCACCACGACGUCGUUUUACCCCGACAUUAACACCAUCGAGGAGAUGGUUGACUCGGAACUGCCACUAAGAUCGUCAAUUUUCUACUUUUUGAGAAUCGAUAAUUCCAGUUUAAUUCACAAACUGAAAAGCCGGACCAUGGCAGCGCCUCCCAAUGUUUACGACUUGGUGGCAUUUCACCGGAACAUCGCCACGACUGAUAUCAAAUCACACGUGGAUUUUAUGGUCAGGUCUAGGUAUUUGGACGAAGACGGGUGGCCGCUCAUACACACUGUUGAUGAAUGCUUUGAGACCUUUCUGAUCGCAAAUAUCGUCCCCAAAGGUUCGGCGUUUCUCACCGUUUUUAAUAAUGUCAUCACCAAGCUGCUGGAAGGCGGUCUCACCCAAAAGUGGUACGAGGAUGUGAUCAAUAGCUUGAUCCUUGAAAAUUGGAUUAACUUGAACCGGAACAAGUCGAAAACACACGCCUUUUCUUUGUACGAUCUUCAAGUCGCGUUCUAUGUCAUUAUUAUGGGCUGUGCGGUCGCGAUUUUAGUGUUUGUUGCAGAAAUCGUCCACAAACGGCGCAAUUAAUAAUUGCUGCAAUAAUCACCACAAAAAUAUUAUAUUUGCCGCCUGUGUGUUUACUCAAACAAUGUACUAAUGACCAAAAAGAGUGUGUUUUAGCGUCGUUUAAACAACAAAUAAUUUCAGUCUCUGAUUUCAUUAUAAUCACGCAAGUCUAUUCAUUUAAGAACAGUCAAUAUCCAAGUGGAAAUAAAUUUGACACGUGUCCCUAAUUCAGUUACGAUAAAAUAUUCACAGUUAAAGCAAAUAAUAUUUGUGGGAACUUUGGUUAAAUUAUGCCGCUACACGUAUUUACAUUGAUUGUCGUUUUAACUUUAGUCCAGGUCGUAAUUUGUUUACUCGAGGUGUCUCACUACGACAAUGAGAAAUUUGUAAACGUUUAUCAACAUUUUACUUUAGUUCGUUACCUAACUUUGACUUUCUUGAAUGAUGGGGUUCACAGAAUCGAUUUAAACAACCUUGUUGUGGAUUUAAUGAGCCGACUGAAUUUCUCAAUGAUGAUAAAAGAGAAACGUUUGGGAAAAAAUAGUACCACUUUUCAAGAAUCAGACCCUUUUCAGGGGCAUAUCAUGGUAGUGUACGAUGUUAAGGUUUUGCUAGCAUUUCUGGAAGAAAGUACCGAAGUGGUACCAAAAGCAAGAGGAAGUUUUGCGAUUCUGUUCACGUCAUUAAAAUGCCCAACGCACUAUGAAACCAACCAUGCCCUUAAACAACUCUGGACCAACCAUGGCACAGCCAAUCUA